UAGCCAGGCUUGUGUCCCCGGUGGCCCAGCGCACUUGGACCUCUCUAGGGCCUCGGGCAGCGGAGAGGAGGGAUUCCGGGGAGCUCCGGAGGCGGACGCUUCCCGAAGGCCGAGGUGUCCCGAGCCAGCUGACGGAAGACCCGACUCCGGCGUUACCUCGCUCCCCGGGCUUUAAAAGCGGGGUUUAGCUCGGAUGUGCGGUCACCCGGCGUUUUCUCUGAGCGUUUCCCCGUGCCCCGACCGCGUGUCCUGAACAGCAGGUGCAAGAUAAAUGAGCCUCGGUCCCUACUCUCGGGGAGUUUGGUCUCUAGGGGAACGAGCCUCAAAACCGAAGCCUGGCUUGGUCCAGAGGACCGGAGUGGGGACAAAUGGGAGCAACGCUUAUAACGGAGCCCCGAGGGUGUUUGUUCGAUGUGCAAGAUGGGGGAAGGGUUCCCUGCAGAGGAAGUAAGUGUGCACGGCUGCAGCACCGUAGUGCGUGCCGGAAGCUGCAGGUAAAGUCGGGAGAGAGUUUGGAGGAGUGGGCCGUCCGGUGAGAUCCGGAACGUUCUCUGAGAAGUCAGUAAAGGAGAGACGUUGAAGGUACUUCUUGGUAGAGCCAAGCAAAUGGACGGAAGAUAGAAUGUUCUGGAAAAGGGCGAAAUUGUGCACGUACUCCGAGGAGCACUGUCUCCUGGCAACAGCAUUAAACUGGAAAGAUGUCCCUGUAUGAUGACCUGGGAGUAGAGACCAGUGACUCAAAAACAGAAGGCUGGUCCAAAAACUUCAAACUCCUGCAGUCUCAGCUUCAGGUGAAGAAGGCGGCCCUCACACAAGCCAAGAGCCAGAGAACAAAGCAGAGUACGGUCCUCGCCCCCGUGAUCGACCUGAAGCGAGGCGGCUCCUCUGACGACCGGCAGAUCGCGGACACCCCCCCGCACGUGGCGGCCGGCCUGAAGGACCCCGUUCCCAGUGGAUUUUCGGCGGGAGAAGUUCUGAUUCCUUUAGCGGAUGAAUAUGAUCCCAUGUUUCCUAACGACUACGAGAAAGUCGUGAAGCGCCAAAGAGAGGAGCGGCAGAGGCAGCGGGAGCUGGAGAGACAGAAAGAAAUAGAAGAGAGAGAAAAGAGGCGUAAGGACAGACAUGAAGCUAGUGGGUUUUCAAGGCGACCGGAUCCAGAUUCUGAUGAAGAUGAAGAUUAUGAGCGAGAGAGGAGGAAAAGAAGUAUGGGCGGAGCGGCCAUUGCACCCCCCACUUCCCUCGUAGAGAAGGACAAAGAGUUACCCCGAGAUUUCCCCUACGAAGAGGACUCGAGGCCGCGCUCCCAGGCCUCCAAGGCCGCCAUCCCUCCCCCGGUGUACGAGGAACAGGACCGGCCCAGGUCUCCGCCCGGACCCGGCAACUCCUUCCUCGCCAACAUGGGUGGCACAGUAGCCCAUAAAAUCAUGCAGAAGUACGGCUUCCGGGAAGGCCAGGGUCUCGGCAAGCACGAGCAAGGGCUGAGCACGGCGCUGUCGGUGGAGAAGACCAGCAAGCGGGGAGGCAAGAUCAUCGUGGGCGACGCCACGGAGAAAGAUGCGUCCAAGAAGUCGGAUUCCAAUCCGUUAACUGAAAUACUGAAGUGUCCUACCAAAGUGGUCCUCCUGCGGAACAUGGUUGGUGCCGGUGAGGUAGAUGAAGACUUGGAGGCUGAAACCAAGGAGGAGUGUGAAAAAUAUGGCAAAGUUGGAAAAUGUGUGAUAUUUGAAAUUCCUGGUGCCCCUGAUGAUGAAGCAGUACGAAUAUUUUUAGAAUUUGAGAGGGUUGAAUCAGCAAUUAAAGCUGUGGUUGAUCUGAACGGGAGGUAUUUUGGUGGACGGGUGGUAAAAGCAUGUUUCUACAAUUUGGAUAAGUUCAGGGUCUUGGACUUGGCGGAACAAGUUUGAUUUUAAGAACUGGAGCACAGUCAUCUCCGACGAUCCUGGAGUGAGCUGCCAGCCGAGGGGAGAAGACACGGGCGGCCUGGGGGCUGCUGGGGACAGAGACUCUUGGAAGGACUUCUGAGACACAUGUUGACUGAUCCCUUUUUUAUUUUGUGGUUUUUUAAUAUAGUAUAAAAAUCCUUUAAAAAAAACCAUCUGUGUGCCUCUCUGUUUCUCUUUUUCUUACCACUUCUAAGGGGGUUCCAUUGUUCGCUAGGAUUCAUGGUAAUUCACAAGUGCUUCCGUGAAACACCAUUUCUUGCACUAAAAAUGUCUGGAACGUUCUGGGAUAUGGGAUUGUGUUGUUCUUUUCUUUCUUUUUUUGAUUCAUUUUAAUAAAACCUGCAAGUUACUAAACUGUAGCUUCAUAAAUCCUAUAAUAAAGUGUCAUCUUGGCAGCGUG